CAUAUUUGAAACUAUAAUUCAUAUGUUUAUUUUCUUUUUGUUGGGUUGUGACUUAUUUGAUCCAGAUGAUGGGUACAACUGCUUAAUAACUCUUCUACUAUUAGAAUUUAAAAAAUUCAACAAAGUUAGCUGACGUCAUAUGUUUAUACGUCUUCUAUGCCAGUCUAUUUCGAGUUUCCACGCAUUACAGAAACUUUGGGACAAUUAAAGCAUUUAAACGUAGUAGAACACGAUUGAGCCAGUGGUAAAUUUUAACUUCCCUUCUGUAAAAACGUCUUUGAUCCUUGUAAUAAUAUUUUGCAUAGGGCACUGUUGUUUAUUUACACCAUGGAACAAACGUGUAUUGAGACACUGUACCUUUAAGAAAAUGUACCAUUGCCGGGGUAAGAGUGGAAAGUUGAAAGUUCAGAGACACAACAACAAACACAUGGCAUCAUUUGGCUGGAAGAGGAAAGCUGGUGACAAGGUGUCAAAGGUGGCCGCUCAGCGAUUUGAAGCUGAAGCUAGUGAAGAAGCUGAAAUUGAUGGCAAUGAGGUUGACUGGCUCCACGUCAUAAAGCGGCGCAAGGAAGUUCUGCUUGAAGACUGUGCUGCCAAGAGCAAACGGCUAAAGGAUGAGGGAGCAAUUCUGGCAGGAAAUGGAAGACACUGGGAAGCAAUCGGAAGGUGGGAUGAUGCUAUCCAGUUAACCCCAGAGGAUGCUACUCUGUAUGAGAUGAAAUCACAGGUGCUGACACUCCUGCAGGAAGUAUUCCCAGCAGUCCAGGCUGCAGAGAUGGCAGUGCGACUGAACCCCCGCUGGUGGGAGGCUUGGCAGACAUUGGGAAGGGCACAGCUUAACCUUGGAGAGGUUGCAUUGGCAGUAAAGAGUUUCCAGACAGCCAUCCACAUCUGCCCAGCAGAGUGCCACCUGUGGGAGGAGGACCUGUCUUGGGCCCUGAAGCUCAGAGAGCGGCAGAGAGCUGCUGAAGAGGCAGCCAGGCUAGAGGAAGAAGCUGAACAGCAGCUGCUUGCUGCUCCCGAGCUCAUCCCUGACUACGACUUUGAAAGUGAUGAGGUUGUGGCAGCCUGCGUUGCCAUAGCAGAGAGGCAAAAACAAGCUGAAAAAAACAAGAAAACUACCGUCAUCAUGACUGCAUCCAGCUCUGUAGAGACUGUCGGUGAGAAUAAAGACAGCAAGACAACACCUGCUGACCAACAGUUUAUCAAAGCACGAAUGCUGGACCAUUAAUCACCAGGUCACGGAGGACUUGCUAACCAGGACUACAGUAUAUUGUUGUCUCUUCAUUUAAGCAAAGAGUUCAAUAGAUCCACAACAAGGUCAUUCUAGAAUCAGAAAGCUCUCUGUUUUAUCUGUGUGAUAGUUAUCUAUUUAGGGUCAGAGACAGAUUUAGCUAAAGCAAUUUGCAAUGUUUUUUUGUGAAACAUAAAUACAACUUUUAAUGUUACAAAACUAGUAACUAUCACUGUAGACACACUUUUUAGUUCUUUGGAGUAGUUUUAGUAGUUUUUUUUUUUUUUUUUUUUUCUCUCACCACAAAUUUUUACAAAUUGCAUUUUGAUGUAAAGAUCUUGAUAUAAACCCAAGCCAAAAUGUUUUGUCUGGGUUAAUCAGCAACAGUUAUCCAAUUUCCCCCUUCAAUGUAUUCCUGAAAACCAUCCUUUGCUAGAUUGUUUAUAUUAUGAUGUAGUUGGUCGUAACGGAAUAAUGAUUGUAACUAGUAUCACUGGUUUAGCCAUUGAAAUCUAUUUAAGCCCACCCCUGAAUAAUUGAUUAUAUAUGGAAAAGGAUGAUACUCCAGAAACAUUCACAGUUCCAGAAUUAUUUAGAUGAGGGAGGACAGAUGACAGAAUGAUAACAAGACCCCAAAAUAUAGUGUAGUAAAAAAUAACCAUGUUUGCAGCAGCUCAUUUUUAAUACUUGGAAGGGUUGCGUUGAAUCUGAAGUGACGGAUGAUUAAAAGAAAUACCUUGA